AGUCCGCAGCCGCCGGGGCUCGAGAGCAGCAGCGACGCCUGCACGCACUGCAGCAUCGGAGGGCGAUCCAACUGGCGUGUAAAUUUCGCAAUCCACGGUGUCGGUGUGGGUGGAUCGCUGCCGCCCUCCCAUCCCCACGCCGCCCCCGCCGAGAUGGCCCGGCUCCUGCCGCUGUGCGCCGCGUGUGCCGGCGCCUACGCCGUCGUCCUGUGCCUCGCAGCCCUCUCCGCGCCCGCGCCAGCCGCGUUCCUCGCGGCGCCCGCGCCCGGGCGGCGCGAGGCCGUGCAGGGCGCCGCCGCGGUGCUCGCUGCGGCGGUCGGCGGUGAGGCGGCGCUGGCCGACUUCCAGGGCGAACCGGUGACCUGCAUGAAGAGGUACGGCCCAGCCAUCAUCAAGCUCCAGAGUGCGGUCGACUCCGGCGACAUGAAGGCCGUCUUGGCCAAGGAAAACAAGUUCAAGAUGCUCAACACGUUCUGGCGCAACCAGCCGAAGGACUUUGCGGCGCAGACGGAGGUCUCUGAGGACCUCCUGGACGCUGCGGCGGACGGCCAGGUGGACAAGGUGAAGACGCUGUACGCCAAGUACAUGGAGAAAACGGAGCUGAAGACUUUCGCCAACCUGCCCCCGGCCAGGCAGUACCACAUGACUAACCGCGACGCCUCCAUGGGCAAGCGCUGAGUGCCCUCGCCGUGAUCGCACCAGGUUCCAGCUUGGUUGUGUAUUUGGCAGGGAGGUUUUUUCAAGUGAGCUGGCCCGACAGGGAGUCACAGCAGCUUUUUGCAGGCCGAAGCGUGAUGCGCACGCUUGAGCUGGCGGGCGGAAAACGGUACAACAUACACAUUCCCGCCAUCGAGGACGCCCCAGGGCGGCUGGAAAGUUCGCUCCGCCCCCUGCCGCCGGCCUCCUCCUCUAUCAGAAGGGGAUGUAUCAUAAUCGCGUCGGUGCGUCUCGGCGCUGCCUUGGCGCAUCUGGGAACACCAUGCGGGGGCGGAUGGGAAUCAUCAGCGCAUCUUGAGACGUUGGCGUUACCGAAGACGCCUGCGGCGAAUUUCCGCCGCCCCUUGCCAUUUGGAAUCGCAAAUGUGGCC